AGCAGCAGUAGCAGCAGCAGCAGCAGUCAUGUGCGGAUCUGAGACAUAUUUAUGCUUCAGUUCGAAUUAGUUUAUCUUCGGACGCCGCGCCGGCAAGACGCGCAUUCGGACACUGCAGUGGACUGCCCAUUUUCCACGCUAGUCCUGCAUACACACGAGCCUGACGAUUCGGUUCGAUUUCGCUACUUGCUGUUCAAUAGUGGUAGCUACAUAUGGACACACGUACGUUGAACGAGUUCGAAGUGAUAACUCAGAAACAACCAUAGCGCAAGGAUAUCGCAGCCGAUUCGAGGACACCCCGUUGAUUGUGCCUUGGCACCGUCUUUCGUUGAAGUGGAAGAGAGUCUACGAGUGCAGUCAUGGAGUUAGUCACUGCCGGUUGAGUUUUUCUGCUGCUUCCAUUGCGGCACGCAUUUUAGAACCCAACGGUCGGUGGUGAAUCAGCUGUGGGUUGACAGGUUGACCUUUGACGUCGCGACGCGCGGCGGUGCAUCGUUCGCAAUUUCUUGAGUGCAUCCGUGGCGCGGUGCAGUGCGUAUGCUGACACCCUUAGUGCUGCUUAGACGGGAGUGAUAGGACCGAGGCAAAGUGCGGGAAAACAAACGGAAAGCCGGUCGUGCGCGACGGCCGUGGUGCCGCCGGAAAAUUCUGCAUGUGAUGCGCUCUUGGUGCACAUACCAUGUGAUUCAAACGCAAUUAAAAUAGAUAGCGGCAAAUCACUAACGACACCGGCGUCAAACUGAUGUAUGCGUUGUGCUAUUGGCUGUUCUUUGUGAAAUUUGGGUGCAAAUUUGGCUGCGAGGUGCGAAGAAAUGUUUAGACGAAGUGAAAGUAGUAUCCAUCGAUUGUGAGAGAAAAAAUAAGGAAGUGAAAUAUUAGAAGUUGUGGCCUUGUUCUUUGAAAAUGGGAACCAUGGACGGAACGAUGAAUUUAUUGUAAGAUUUACACAACUAGGACAUGUGUUUUGUCUUCUAAGUUUGUAUUUCUUCGAAGAUUGACAAGAACAAGAACAGAGUACACGAAAAAAUGCCUAAAAGUAGGACUGGAAUGGUGCAAGGAGCAGCGCACAUAGCGCAAGCAUUCCUUCUGCUGUUGCUGGUUGGCGGCCAAACGACGUUUUUGCUAAUCUCGGCCAAAACCAUGAACAAAGAAAGAUGGUCCCCGCAGGGAGAAGGGCGCGAUACUCUUUGUCCUCGGACGCGGCAUGCCUUCGGAGGAUCAGCCGAACAGCGGGCAGCCAUCGCGGAGUGGACCGACACCGUCGGCCCGGCAACGGUACUCGAGGAGGAAUCGCCACAGCUUAUGGUGGCCAAACAGAAUAAAAUGAGAUAUGCGAUUCAUCUUGCGGAAACGAACCCACUUGCCAUAGUCAUCGCGCCAUCCUGCACGCCCAGCCUGGGUGGGGAAAUUCGAUGGACGGUCGUUCAGAACGAAACCGAAAUCCUCGCCAGCAAUAAUGCACUGAGCAAACCGUACUACAUCCUUCCAUGCGCAUCACGAGGCUUGUAUCACAUUUGGGUGGAAAUCACCGACAUGUACUGUGAGGCGGAGAUUUCCUUUAACACGCGAAGCCUCGUCGACCUGUGGCCGUUGUUGAACCGAACGUCACUAUCCCCCAUCAAGUUUCACCAGCACCCUCGCCGGCAUCAACUUCUAGUCAAAUGGGAUAAGAGCAAAUUCGACAUCCACGCGAUGCACUAUUGCUUGGCAAUCAGCUUGGACCAUCCGCAGCGAACCCUCUGCCAGGCGCUUGGAAACUCUCAGUAUGGAUCCAGAUGUGGCAUUUCCAUGGCGGAAACGCUCCAACGGAUAUCGGUCGAAGAGGAGAAGAAAGUUCCACAAGACGCACGCACGACAAUUGCCUGCACUGGCGUUCGCACGAAACAGCUUCUCAGGGGUUUGAAGGUGAACUCAACUUAUUUUCUGGAUGUCUUUGCCGUUCACACUCAGAAGAAUAAUUUAUCCUACCUGUUGGGUUCAGCCACUGUCCAUGUGAAUCGAUCUCGCCCUACCCAGCUAUUCGAAGGUAAACUGUUUGUAGGAAAACUGUCAACGCUUGGUGGUUUGUCGCUUUUCAGUUUCAAAGUGCCCAAGCGUUCGCCUCGCAAUGUUACCCUCAGGCUAUUGGUGACGCCAUGCAGCGGCACAGUCAAUUUGGAAAUCUAUCAAAAGAAACGACUUGUGACGAAGCCGUUCUUGGACAUCUACUAUCCGCGGGUGAUCACGGUCGGUAGUGUCGUUCCGGGUGAACGAUAUCUGUUUCAGGUUUCGGAAGCCGACGAGCACUUUCGCACCAAUCGCAUACAGAUUGCGGUGACGACCAAGGACGAGUUCGCAAAUCUUCCGCAGCUGCCGCUGAAUACGACGGUGGCGGAGCUGACACAACUGAGGACCUGCCAUGCUACAACAAUUGCUUGGUAUAGUUCACCGGAUAAACGGAAAAUAAGAUACUGCACCUACAUAUUCAAACAACAUACCAAACAUCAGUACUACAGCAACAUAAAAAUGCCAUCCUAUUGUGAGUUGGAAAGUCGCGACAUCUACUUCAACCCUCAACUGCAGCAAAUGCAUUGCAUCUUCUCGGACCAGAUAAACCACACCGAACCUGUGCCCAAAUCGAUGUCCAUCACCAACCUCGCACCGGCCCACUAUUAUCUGAUCUUUGUAACGGCCAGCCUGGGAAACGGUCGAAGCAUUCCCUACCGAUCUGCCAGGAUUAAAACCCACCCAUACUGUCGGGAUGGUGAUUCCAAUCUGGCAACUCCCAGUGUCACCCAUCAGCAGCGUAUUCGGAAUGUCUCGGUCAUCAGGAAGCCGCACCACCAACAACACCAGCAGAACCAUGCGCGCGGCAACAGUAGCAUCAACAUGCUGAAAUCCGGCGGCCAGAACAAGCAGCACCGGCAGUUGAUCGAGAGGAGAAACAACCGACUAAAGCGAGAUAACAAGUAGGAUGUAGCAGAUUUGCGACAGACUGCAGCAACAAUGUAGAAUUGUUGUUGAAAAAAAAAUGCACGCAUAUAAAUCCUUCCUAAUUGAUUUGGCACAGGAUCAAACCUGAGUCACCCCAUGCGAUGGAACCCGGGACUCAGCAGAUCAGCCAGGCAGGAGGAGGUCCUCUGAUUUAUGUAGCUUUCGCGUUCCUCACACAACCGCACAUAUGCAAUCACACAUACAUGCUGCCCAUGGAAGGCGUUUAUUGGCAGUUAAAUUUUUGUUCCAUGUUCAAACCAAAAAAAACAAAACGGCAGUCUAGUUGCUAGGAGUUAAGACAUGCAGUCACUCGUGUGAGAUUUAUUUCCCUGCUAUAUAGAAUACGUGCUAUGACCGUUUUCAGCUUGGAUCGGGGAGUCCGGGAGAAAGUGAAAUAAAAAUUGUAUUGCGUUAAUAAAUUAGGGAUGCGACGCCGGCAGCCACUUGUGACACAAACCGAAGCGAAAGUAAAAGAAAUUCUCUCGAAAAUAAAAUUACAGAAACGAUGUAAAAUUUAUGACACGCACCGGAAGGAUACAGUUUUCUGAAGCUUGGAGCGUUCGCAUAUUAUAGCAGCAAGUGUAACAAAGCCAAUGAGAUCUCAGUGCAAGCAGAUAGCAGCAUCGUAGCCAUAAACUCUUAUAAACGGAUCCAUAUAAAUGCUAAUAUGAAUAUUACAUUGUAGGUUCGAGCCAUGCCGCCAAAUAGGCAAAAGUGUUGUUACUAAAUAAUUGUAUAGUAGACAUUAAGGAUGACUUUCGGGACGGUUGGGUGCUGCCCCCGCCCAGUCGCGGAAGCCGCACGUACUUUACUUUAGCAUGUAAGGACCCAAGUGGGGGAUGUUGCCCCACGACAUCUCCACUGCUUGUACCAUUGAUUGGUUUUAUGAGCGCGAUUAUUAUGUCUAUUCUUUGGAAGAAUAUUUAUUCGAUGAUAUUUUCUACUUGUGUAACUUAACAUUCAGUCGUAUGUAAUUGUACCAUUAACCAUGAUUUGAAGUGUAUUUUAAAAAUAGAAAUACAUAAGUAUUAUA